AUGGCAGAAACCACCGUUCCUGAUUUCCCUGGACGGAUUUCUUGGAAAAGCGCCCUCUGCCUGAAGAAAAUUGUUAUGAAGUUUGAGGAAAUGGAUCUUGUGGAGAAGGUGUACAAUACCCAAUUCCGAUAUAUAGUCUCUGCGCCAGUGUUGCAGUUCUCAGGAACUAUUGAGGAUUAUGAUGAUGAAGAGGAGGGAAGUGAACCUGAGGAUGAACAUGAAGAACCUACUUCCAAACCAAACACCCGGAAGAGAAAGGCUGCGCUUAAUCUCAAAGAAGCAGUAAACCUGAAGAGGAAGCUUGCUUAUGAAUCUAGUCCUACCAACAUUCCUAGCCCCCCAUCCGCUACUACUCCUGGAUUACCUCCAACAUCUUCUGUUGGAUGUAAAUGUGAAGAGCUGAAAGAGGAGGUAAAAGCGCUGAAGGAGGAGCUCAUCAAAGAGGUGAAGGAGGAGCUCAAAGAGAUGAAAACAGCUUACGAAGAAACUCAAACAAAUCACAAGGCUUAUAUGAAAAAGUUGGUUGUUAGUAUGUGCGAACAGUUAUUAGCCAAAUCCAACCAAAGGAUGGCCACGUUAAUUGUCAAAUUAGAUAGUAUGGAGGAGGAGAGGAAGAAGAAGAAGAAGAGCAAAUUGGAAAAGAAGGCCAAGACUGAGGAUAGGAAGGCGGAGGAUAGUGUGGUGAAGGUGGAUGGUGGUGAGAUUGGGACUGAUGUCAAGGUGGAUGGUGGUGAGAUUGGGAAUGAUGUCAAGGUGGAUGGUGGUGAGAUUGAGAAUGAUGUCAAGGUGAAGGUGCAUGUUGGGGAGAUUGAGACUGAUGUGAAGGUGGAUGGUGGGGAGAUGUUGCUCUCCGAUAUGAUGCAAGAAAUAAUUGAGAAAAAGAAGGAUAAGGUCAAGGUUGAGAAAGUUGAGAAGAAAGCCAAAGAUGGGAAGGUUGGGAAGGUUAAACUCAAGGUUGGGAAGAUUGAGAAGAAAGUCAAGAAUUGGUUGAAAGAUGAAGCUACCAAUGAUGAGACAAAGACUGUGUUUACUUGCGAAGCACGAAAGAAGUUGUUUGUUAGAGUUCUAACAAAGUGCACAUGGCUUAAAGAUCCUGAAAUCGACGCAGUCUGCCACUUGUUGCGCAAAAGGAUAGAGCAAUAUCCCAAGACAUAUAAACAUUGUAAAGUAUCAAUAGGGGAUUGCUUAUUAGCAGAUAUGAUGAGGCGAGAGUACCCGAACUUUAAAAAAGAUCCUGAAAAAUUUCCAAUAGCAGACGUAUUUUCUCAGUACUUCUGGGGAGCGCCUCAUAGACAUAUGCCAGAAUGGCCACUAGUAGACGAUAUUUACGUGCCUUUGAACAUUGGCAACAAGCAUUGGGUACUGUGCGUCGUUCGUGUACAAGAUAAUCACAUUGACGUUUAUGACUGCGACUCGAGUAUUUAUAGGAAUCUCGAUCCAUACAUGAGACCUUUGUGUGAGAUGUUUCCACGAAUAUAUGCAAUGGGAGCCAGUGAUGCUGAGCUACAACGGUAUCCUAAUUUCAAUUUCCAGAAACUGACAUAUCAAAGGUUGCCACACUCAGCCAAAAAUGCAGUCGCCAAAUAUGGGGAAGUCCCUAGAGCAGAAGAAAGUGGGGAUUGUGGUGUAUUUAUGCUUAUGCACAUGGAAUACUUGACUGCUGGUUUAGGUGUAGAGAAGAACUUGACUUGUGCUUAUGUAUUCUGA